AUGAACUCUACAAUGCUUCAAUACAGCGCCCAAGACAGAUAUAUGGAAGCUUUUGUCAGAAAUUUCAUCUUUGUUCUUUUUGGGAUCAUAAUUAACUCCAUCAAUGGAGUAUUUGUGUUUACAUUCUUUAGGAGUUCAAUUUUCUACAAUGAUCCAAGAUAUAUAUUAUAUAUUCACUUGGUUAUUAAUGAUAUGCUCAUGGUUUUUUUCAGUGUAACUCUUUCUGUGAUGGCUUAUGCAUGGCCGAAGGUUCCUUUCCCGUUUUGUGUCACCCUGCUAAUAAUAACUGCAACUACUCAUAAGAACACUCCUCUGACUUUGGCCGGUAUGGCCGUUGAGCGUUACAUUGCCAUCUGCAAACCACUGCAUCACCAUCAGAUCUGCACAGUGCGCAGGACCUACAUCCUCAUCUCUCUGAUUUGGGGUGUAGGAGUCAUACCUGGAUUGAUUGACUUGAUUCUCCUUUCAAUUGUUCGCCCUUUAUCUGUGUUUUCAACAAGUGGUCUCUGUAGUACAACUAAUGUGUAUAGCACGCCGUACCAUGAG